AGAAGUGGUUGAGGAGAAUUACGACACCCCCAGUCCUAUUUAACGACAGUACACAUAACUUGCCUGUUUCAAUCUCUGAGCUUUUAGCCACCGCGGUCAUGUCUCUGCUCCUACCUCCGCCGUCGCUCCUCCCCUGCCAACCACCAACCCGAAAUCUACGGAGCGUUCGUGCCGCCGUUAACUCAUUUUCCCGAUUUAAAGCUUCAUGGGAAGAGGUCGCCGGAGUUUUGGUAUUCUCGGCGAUUCCUUUCACGGCGGUGAAAGCCAUUGCCAACAGUCCACUUGCGGAGGUUCUCCAGAGGCGAAUGGUGGAGAAGAAGAAGCUUUAUGAGGACAAUUCUUCAAAGAUGAAAGCACUCUCCAACGAGGCCAGAAUGGAGAGCAUGUGGUAUGGGGAGGAUCGGCCUCGAUGGCUUGGUCCAAUAUCGUACGACUAUCCUACCUAUCUCACUGGCGAACUGCCUGGGGAUUACGGCUUCGAUAUUGCAGGUUUGAGUCGGGAUCCUGUGGCCUUUCAGAAAUUUUUUAAUUUUGAGGUACUGCAUGCAAGGUGGGCUAUGCUUGCUGCAUUUGGUGCUUUAAUUCCGGAGAUAUUAGACAUAAUAGGAACGUUCCAUUUUGCCGAACCUGUUUGGUGGCGAGUUGGCUACUCGAAGCUUCAGGGUGAUACAUUAGACUACCUGGGCAUCCCUGGCUUACAUAUAGCUGGAAGUCAAGGAGUUAUUAUCAUUGCCAUUUGUCAAGCUCUUCUCAUGGUUGGUCCCGAAUAUGCACGAUAUUGCGGUAUCGAAGCUCUUGAGCCUUUAGGAAUAUAUUUGCCAGGUGAUAUCAAUUACCCAGGAGGUAUACUUUUCGACCCUUUAAAUCUAUCAAAAGAUCCAGAUUCUUUCGAAGAACUAAAGGUGAAAGAGAUGAAAAACGGUCGUCUCGCUAUGGUUGCUUGGUUGGGCUUUUCCGCUCAGGCAGCUCUUACAGGUAAAGGGCCUGUACAGAACCUUCUUGACUACAUUGCAGAUCCUUCGAACAAUAAUCUGCUUUCGAAUCUAAAAUCUAUUAUGUAGAUAUUAUUUUCGCGAUAUAUGUAACUUUUAUAAUGAUCCGAAUUUCAAAUUCA